AUGUCGACUGCAAUUGACAAUCCCGAGUUAGCUGAGGCGAAGAAGGAAUCCGAAAAACCAAGUAAACCCAAAAAGAUUCCAAAAGUCGAGAAGCCAUCUACAGAGAAGAAGAAAAAGAAGAAAACGAAGACAUUCCCCUUGGAAUUCUGGAAAACUGAUCCACCACUGGAUGUGAUCGAAGCUGAAAUUGAUGAGGCAAUAUGGAUUUCAUUUAAAGAAAAACGAAAAGAAAAGGAAAGAAAAGAGAAAUUAGAAAAAGAAAUGAUUGAGAGGAAUAGGAUUAUUGAGCUGAAAAAAGUAUUGAGUGAGCAGCGAAAAGAUCAGAAAUUGAAGGAAUUGAUGGCACUGAAGGUUCUGAAACAGAAGCAGAAACAACCGAAACCAGAAGAAACGGAAGCCUCGAGACAAGAAAAAUUGGAGAAAUUGAAAGCAUGUAGACAACGAUUUUACGAGAAAAAGAGGCUGAAAAAGUUGGAAGAAGAUGAGAAACGGCGAAAGGAAAGAGAGAAAUUGCUGAAAGAAUAUGAAUGUUCUGUAUGA